CAUUCAUACAAAACCAAAAGUUAUUGAAACUUCAUUACGAACACAGUAGCAAUGAUCUCGAAAAUCCAAAGAGCUGGGAAGCACUGUCGUCACUCAGAAGCAUAUCAGCUAUGUAUGCAGAAACUCAAGCAUCUGAAAUGGAAACUGUGAAUCCUAGUCCUGGUGGUACAGAAGGUACCCAAGAUCGGUUAGCAGGCACCAACUUCAGAUUUGUACCAGCUCCUGGGCAUGUCAUACAAGACAGACUGUUUGAAACGCUAAAUUCAGCUGAUGCACGGAUGGGCAUGAGGGCACGAACUAACUACAAACCAAAGCCAAGAGAGCAGCAGGGUCCAUGCCAGGAGGAAAUGCAACGUGCCAUUGACAGGAUCAUUCUGAUUCAACAGCAUACUAAUGAAGAACUUUAUAGAUUUCACAUCCCAAACUGUGACAAGAGAGGAUUUUAUAACCUGAAACAG